GCUGACCGCAUCCACCGCUCCAUCUUAUGCUCGUCUGCCAGUGGCCCCAGUGGCCCGUCACUCCGGUUGAUCCAUCAGUUUGUCACUGAGCUGCCCGACGUUUCUCCUUCGCGAUAGCUCUCUAAUAAUAAGAAGGCAAGCUCAAAGUAUGGCCGUUUGACUGGCUCCUGAGCUUCCCGACUCUCUGAAUGGCACACGGUCUGCGUCGUCUCUCGGCCUUUCUCACCGCUCUUGCGGUCGGGACCUCGUGCGUCUCUGGCUACGGAUUCCCUGAUUGUGUUAAUGGCCCACUCUCCAACAACACCGUCUGCGAUACGUCCAAGGACCCCAUCACUCGAGCUACCGCUCUGAUCGAUCUAUGGACUGACGAGGAGCUCACCAACAACACCGUGAACGCUUCUCCGGGCGUCCCAAGGCUGGGUCUUCCUGCGUACAAUUGGUGGUCUGAAGGUCUCCAUGGGGUCGCUCAAAGCCCCGGAGUCACCUUCGCUCCUUCAGGAAACUUCAGCUAUGCCACGUCCUUCCCUCAGCCGAUCCUCAUGGGCGCUGCCUUCGAUGAUCCUCUUAUACAAGCGGUUGCUUCCGUCGUAAGUACUGAGGGUCGUGCGUUUAACAACGUCGGCCGCGCUGGACUCGAUUAUUGGACGCCGAACAUUAAUCCUUUCAAGGAUCCUCGCUGGGGUCGUGGUCAGGAGACUCCAGGAGAAGACCCCUUCCAUCUACAGGGCUAUGUUUACAACCUCAUCCUCGGUCUUCAGGGCGGACUCGACCCCACACCGUACUUCAAGGUUGUUGCAGACUGCAAGCACUUCGCCGCAUACGAUAUGGACAAUUGGGAAGGCAAUGUGCGCUAUGGCUUCAACGCGGUGGUCACCCAGCAGGAUCUCUCCGAAUAUUACCUUCCCUCGUUUCAGACUUGUGUGCGCGAUGCGAAGGUCGCUAGCGUCAUGUGCUCGUACAACGCCGUAAACGGUAUCCCGUCCUGCGCCAACUCUUUCUUGUUGCAAGACAUCCUGCGAGACUACUGGGGCUUUGACGACACCAGAUGGGUAACCAGCGACUGCGACGCCGUACAAAACAUCUACACCCCUCACAACUACACCGACAAUCCGGCGCAGGCGGCAGCCGACGCUUUGCUAGCGGGCACGGACAUCGACUGUGGGACGUUCUCGUCGACAUACCUCCCCGAUGCGCUCUCACAGGGCCUCGUUAACGCCACCGAUCUCAAACGAGCGGCCAUCCGUCAGUAUGCCUCUCUUGUCAGGCUAGGCUACUUCGAUCCCCCCGAAUCGCAGCCGUACCGUCAGCUCGGAUGGUCGGAUGUCAACACGCCAGAGGCUCAGCAACUCGCCCACACCGCAGCCGUCGAAGGCAUGGUCCUGCUCAAGAAUGACGGCACGCUUCCACUCUCCAAACAUGUCCGCAAGCUCGCAUUGAUCGGCCCCUGGGCGAACGCGACAACACUCAUGCAGGGCAACUACGCCGGCAUCGCCCCCUACCUCAUCAGCCCUCUUCUCGGUGCGCAACAAGCCGGAUUCGAUGUCGAAUACGUCUUCGGUACCAACGUUACGACCACCAACGACACGAGCGGCUUUGCGGCCGCCGUCGCAGCGGCUAAGCGCGCCGAUGCGGUGAUCUUCGCCGGAGGGCUGGACGAGACUGUCGAGCGCGAGGAAGUGGACAGGCUCAAUGUCACUUGGCCUGGGAACCAGCUAGACUUGGUGGCGGAGCUCGCAAGCGUGGGAAAGCCCUUGAUCGUAGCGCAGUUCGGAGGAGGUCAGUUAGAUGAUUCGGCGUUGAAGAGCAAGCGUUCGGUCAACGCGAUCAUUUGGGGAGGAUACCCCGGUCAAAGCGGAGGCACAGCACUCUUCGAUAUCCUCACGGGCAAAGCCGCGCCCGCAGGGCGUCUGCCCAUCACGCAGUACCCGGCCGAGUACGCAAAUCAGGUACCCAUGACGGACAUGACUCUCCGCCCGAGCGCGACCAACCCAGGCCGCACUUACAAGUGGUACACUGGCACGCCGGUCUUCGAGUUCGGCUUCGGGCUGCACUACACGACGUUCUCGUUCGCGUGGGCGUCGAACGCGCACGCUAACACUCCCGCGGCGAGCUACUCGAUCGACGCGCUGAUGGCCAGCGGCAACAAGAGCGCCGCGUUCUUGGACCUCGCGCCGCUCGACACGUUCGCGGUGCGUGUGACGAACACGGGCAAGAUGACCUCCGACUACGUCGCGCUGCUGUUCGCGAGCGGGACGUUCGGCCCCGCGCCCCACCCGAAUAAGCAGCUCGUGGCGUACACCCGCGUGCAUGGAGUCGCGCCAAAGCAGAGCACUAUAGCGGAGCUGACGGUGACGCUGGGGGCAAUUGCGCGCGCGGACGAGAGCGGGGCAAAAUGGGUGUAUCCGGGCACAUAUACCCUUGCGCUGGAUACGACGGAACAGCUGAAGCAUACGUUCACGUUGGAAGGGGAGGCAAGGAACAUCGCCGAUUGGCCAGAGGAUACGACCUCUUGAGAACGAGUGCUUCUAAGACUGAGAAACUUCCCAAAUUGUUCCCGGUCCCGUGCUGUUGAUAGCAAUACUAGUUCAAAAGAUAUGUCCGCC